AUGGCUUUGUUGAAGAAUAGAAAGGCUGUUGUGGCUACUGUUGCCGCAGUGGCUACGGCUGCUGCCGCCGCUAGUGCUUACUACUACUAUAGCAACGUUCGUGCCACCACUGAGAAGUCCAAGAAGGACAAGAAGAAGAAGAACAAGAAGAAGAAGAAGGCUACCGCGUCGGAGCCUGCCACCAGUGACAAGGCUUACCUGACCAUCAAUGGUGAUGAGGAAAAGCCAGAUAUGGCCGCUAUGUUGGCGUCUUCCGAAGAUCAAAAGAAGGUCUAUGCCACCGCUUUGAAGGACAAAGGUAACGCCUUGUUCAAGGAGAAGAGGUUCGAAGACGCAAUUGAGUUCUACAACCACGCCAUCAAGCUGCAUGAGGACCCAGUGUUCCACUCCAACAUCUCGGCCUGUUACGUCUCCCUAGGUGACUUGGACAAAGUGGUCGAGUCCAGUACAAGAGCACUGGAGUUGAAACCCGACUACUCCAAGGCUUUGCUACGUAGAGCCUCCGCCUACGAAAACAUGGGUAGAUACCAGGACGCUAUGUUCGAUAUCUCCGUACUGUCCUUAAAUGGCGACUUUAACGGCAGCUCUAUCGAGCCUAUGCUAGAACGUAACUUAAACAAGCAAGCAUUGCGCGUCCUGAAGGAAGACAUGGGUAUCGACGCCUCCGUUCCACAAGCCGAACAGCCAAGAGAAAGACAAGAACUUCCAUCAAACACUUCGCUUUCCUCUUUCUUCGGUAUCUUCAAACCGGAAACUGAGAUCCCUGCAUAUGACGAAUCUAACGAAGCUGAUGUGACUUUGGUCCGUGGGUUGAAGGCACUAUACGGUGCCACCUCCGACGGCUACCAAUUGGCUGAUGAAUGCUUUGCCAAGGCCGCUAAGCUUUACAGAGAACAAUUGGCUAACAACAACGACGCUGCUUUCAAAGAAAAGGCCGCCACCGCGUUGGAAUACCUUGGUAUCUUCGACUUCUUGAAAAAUGACUUGGAUAACUCAGAGAAAAACUUGAAAGAGGCUUUGGCUUUGCACCCAAGAGUAAACACUUACAUCUACUUGGCUCUAACUAUGGCUGACCGUGGCCAAUCUGAGGACUACUUCUCCUACUUUGAGAAGGCUAUCGCUCUAGAUCCAAACAACGCCGCAGUAUACUACCACCGUGGUCAAAUGUAUUUCAUCACCCAAAACUACGAAAAGGCCGGCGAGGAUUUCAAGAAGUCUAAGGAAUCUGAUCCAAAGAACAUCUUCCCUUACAUCCAAUUAGCUUGUCUUGCUUACAGAGAAAACAAGAUGGCUGAAUGUGAAAAGUUGUUUGAAGAGGCUAGAAAGACUUUCCCAACUGCUCCAGAAGUGCCAAACUUCUACGCUGAAAUUCUUGCCGACAAGGGUGACAUCGACGAAGCCGUUAAGCAGUACAAUAUUGCAUACAGAUUGGAAAGCUUGCAAAAGCAAAUCCAUGUUGGUAUCGCUCCAUUAGUUGGUAAGGCUACCAUCUUGGCUAGACAACCAACUCCAGAAAAUUUUGCUACUAUUUCUCAAUUACUUGAAGAUGCCUGCAAGGCUGACCCAAGAUCCGAACAAGCUAAGGUUGGUUUGGCCCAACUGAGACUACAACAAGAAAAGGUCGAUGAAGCUAUUGAACUCUUCGAGGAAGCCGCCAAGAUGGCUAGAACUGUUGAUGAAAAAUUACAAGCAAUCACAUUCGCUGAAGCCACCAAGGUCCAAAAGAGAAUCAGAGCUGAUCCAGUUGUUAGCAAGAAGGUCGAAGAAACUUUGGCUGCUUACCAAGCUCAAAACAUGUUCUAA